CUCAGCAGCACUUCUUCCGCCUACUUCAAACAUGGUCACUUGGUGUCAGCAACAGCGGGCCUUCUUCAACUUAGGAGGCACUUCGGUUCUUACCUAGGGUCCUUUUAGCAAGCACCGGCUGGCCGGCACCCCAGGCAGGGGCGGCAGAGACGGUGCUCACAGUUCGGCGGCCAAAACUCAGCUCCGACUCGCUUCGCGGGAGGAGAAACGCGUCGGGACCGGAAGUUCCGAGGCAGCACUGUCCGGCGGAGCCGUUAGCUGCAGCACGCCGGAAGUAGCAGGUUGGGUCUGGUCGCGGUCCGCCGUCCCCUGGCAGUGCGUGAGCUUUCCUUCUGAGCCGGCCGGGACGACAUGGAGCCUGGGUCCACGGAGUUAUACGACCAGGCCCUCCUGGGCAUCCUCCAGCAUGUGGGCAAUGUCCAGGACUUUCUGCGCGUGCUCUUCGGUUUCCUGUACCGCAAGACCGACUUCUACCGCCUGCUGCGCCACCCGACCGACCGCAUGGGCUUUCCACCGGGGGCGGCACAGGCCUUGGUGCUGCAGGUGUUCAAAACCUUUGACCACAUGGCCCGUCAGGAUGAUGAGAAGAGGAAAAAGGAAUUUGAAGAGAAAAUCAGAAGAAAGGAAGAAGAGGCAAAAGCUAUGGUAGCUGCCACAGCUGAGAAAGAGCCAGUCCCAGUUCCAGUUCAGGAAGUAGAGGUCGACUCCACCACAGAACUGAAUGGGCCUCAGGAAGUGGAGAAAGUGCACACUAUAGGCCCACAGGCCACAUUUGAGGAGGCGGCCCACAGCGCACAGGAGGCAGAGCCUCCAGGAGCAGUUGCUGGUGCAGCUGAAGUCCCUAGGGAACCACCAUCUCUUCCCAAGAGACAGGAGCAGUUCCAGAGAAACCCUGACAGUUACAAUGGUGCUGUCCGUGAGAACUACACCUGGUCGCAGGACUACACCGACCUGGAGGUUAAGGUGCCAGUGCCCAAGCACGUCGUGAAGGGGAAGCAGGUCUCGGUGGACCUUAGCAGUGGCUCUAUCCGUGUGGCCGUGCUGGAGGAAAAUGGGGAGCACAUUCUCAUGGAAGGGAAGUUCACCCAUAAGAUCAACACUGAGAGUUCUCUUUGGAGCCUGGAGCCUGGGAAAUGUGUUUUGGUUAACCUGAACAAAGUUGGGGAGUAUUGGUGGAGCGCCAUCCUAGAGGGAGAAGAGCAGAUAGACAUCGACAAGAUCAACAAGGAGCGUUCCAUGGCCACUGUGGAUGAGGAGGAGCAUGCUGUCCUGGACAGGCUCACCUUCGACUACCACCAGAAGCUGCAGGGCAAGCCACAGAGCCACGAGCUGAAAGUCCAUGAGAUGCUGAAGAAGGGAUGGGAUGCUGAAGGCUCCCCCUUCCGAGGCCAGAGAUUCGACCCAGCCAUGUUCAACAUCUCCCCAGGGGCUGUGCAGUUUUAACGCCUAGAAGGCGAGGAGACCCUCCAGAGCGUUGGGAAGGCAGAAGCCUCAGAGGUCUUCUCCUCUGCUUCCCUCCACACUCUCUUGCAUGCCGGGGCCCCCUCGUCUUGCUCUCCCCAAUCCGUCUUUCCUUGGUGGCGUACAGCCCCACCACCCUGAUCUGUGUCUCGCCAGGCCCCUCCAUAGAAUGCUCGGGGCAGGCCAACGCCAGGCGGCUGUGCUGCGCCAGGGUCUGGUGUGCUGGGGAGCUGGCCUGGCAGGCUGGGGUCGCAGCUUGGUCUCCACAGCAACCAGCGCCACAGGCAGCACCUCCUUCCUCCCUCUUCUCCGCUCGCUCGCCGUUGUUUUGACACUGCUCUGCCUGCCUCUCCUCUGGCCGGGGGGUGGGGGCUGGUUGCCGGCUCCCAUGCCCUUGGUGGUGUGGCUCGUUGGAGCCGGGCAGCUUGCCUGGGCGCAGCUGCAGGAUGGCUCUGUGGCACCUACUCUUUGGCUGUUCUGAGAAGCUCCUGUUCCUUGACCUUUUGUUGGAAGCUUUCACACAGUCUUGCUUGUCACUUUGUAAAACGUCCACUGUCCUGCCUGCCUCUGUGCCUCCAGUGACAGCAACAGAAACGGGGGUGCUGGGGUCUGUGUUGGUUACUGCCUUCUUUUGCCAGUUCUUGAUGUUGGGAGAAAGUCUGAAGCUUUGGCCUCCAGGCACGGGAGAGUUAGGAUUCUGUGUGCCGUGGUGCACUGGCCAUCGACUCGCUUCUUGUUGAGGUGAACCGCAUACUACGCUCUGGCUGAGCACACUGCUUCGUUUCAUCCCACCAAAGGGUGCCACUUCGUUUGUUUCCUGUUUAACCUGCUGGGAUUCCAAUACAUCCUCUCUGAGUGCAUCACGUUUCCUCAGAAGCGCAGCCUCUGGGAAUGAACGGGUAGGAGUGGAGAGCCAGAAGGCCCGGGAUGCCAGCACUGGGGACCCAGGUGGGUCUGGCACCUCAGCGCAGAGCACAUCGGUCCCUGCGAGCCCCAGUCAGCCUCGCCCUUGGGGACUCCUGGCUGAGUCUUUGCUGUUGUUGGAGCAAGAAUGCACAGAGAAGGAAGGACAACAUCCCAUUGCACUGGGCCCGAGAUUGGAAACUCCACCCUCCCCAUCGUGUGCCAGGCACUGGGACGAGUAGCAAGGAGCACACACUUCUAUUUUUGUCUGUCCACCUCGUUGCUGUGCAGCCUGGGCCCUAUGCCAGGGCUGGUGUCAGAUCAGGCGGCCCGAGGGCUACAGGCAGAGGGCUGCCCUGGGCCGGCGGCUGAGCACUCACCAGGGCCCUGGGAGCACCAGCACAGACCCUUCCCUCUGGGACCACCCUCUGCCCUUCGUCCAGCCUCCAGCCUAGGCACAUCAGUCAAGUCACAGUUCAGGUUUCCGUGAAAGACAUUUUCUCACUGUGAAGGUUAUGUACGGCCAACCCAAAUGGAGGCUUGACUAUCCCAAGGGAACCUAUUCAGCGAGCAGAGGAGAUCCAGCUCCCAGAGGGCAGGCUGUCUGUCUGUGGGGAGGGGUGGGGGUGUCAGAAGAGCAUGGUCACCUCCCUGCUGCCUUGUUGGAGGUGGGUGGUCCUUCUGGAGGCUCCCACAUUUGGGAGCUGGUUUUGUUGCCCUCACCUUGAGGCAGCUCUGGUUACCGAGGUGCCAGACCUCUUUCCUCAGCAGCCCUGGUCGGAAAGCCUCCCUGGGACGUGCUCAGUGAGCCCAGAUGCUGUGUGGACCUCGGGGAGGAACCAAGGGCACCCAGGGACUCAGGGGUGCUGGGAGCCACUGCAAAGGGAGACCAGAGGGCCUUGGAUAGGCCUCUUCAGCGUGAGAACCUUGUACCUGAUGGCAGCCACCAAGACUGAUCAGCGGGGCUGCCGGGAGCCACUCCUUGGGUGAGCCCGGGAAGCAGCGGCGCCGCAGAGCCCGUCACUGCAGGCAGGCCAGGCUGCUCCCGCCCGGAGGCGUCCUGGGAGGCCUCUGCCGCUUCCUUACGGCGGUCCUGUUGGGUCUCCCAGGGUUCCUGAACCGGGUCCCUCGCCCAGCUUUCCCCAUGUAAUAAACGGAGGUUUCAGGGUGUGUGUGUGUUUUAACCAUUUGAAAUGUUUCCUGUCUUCCCUGUAGUUACCCGAGUUGGGCCGCCUCUUAACCGCCCUCUUGGGGGGAGUCUUUUGGAAGGAGUGGCGAGGUGGGUGGAGUGAGACGCUGCACCUCAGUUAUCCGGGAGACUUUGAGAGUCCUUUACUUCCAUGGCAGAUUGUCUUCCUUUUGCCAAGGCUUUAUUUUCCAAUGUUGCUUUCUCUCCCCGUCCCCUGCCCUGCUUCAAUAAAACAGAAUAAACCAGUGUGUGGGAACGGUGAGUGUGGGGAGCAGGGGCUGCCCCGUAAAGGAAGCUCCCCGAGCAUCACGGUCAGCGUCUGGCGACACCUUUCUUAGUGCAUGCCCUGUGCUCCCUGCCUUGACCCUCCCGCGUGAUUACCGACUGUCCGUUUGGUGAUCCUCUGCCCCACCAUCUGCCCUGUGUCUCCAGGCUCUCUGGAGUUGCCGCACACAGCCUGUUUUUUCCUUUUAGACACGACAGCAGCAGUAUGGCCACUAACCCCAUCAGCUGAGGUUCUGAGGAGCACAGGGUGACUCACCCCUGUCCAGGGCAGCCCAGGAGAGUGGGGCACCCAGCCUCCAGUUGCCCUGCUGUCCUCCAUGUUGGUUUGCAAUAAACCUGUAUUAAAGCA